AUAAAUGAAAAUCAUCUAAUAUUAUAAAUUUAAAUAUAUACAUAUACAUAUCUUUUCUUAAAUAUAAUUUAAAAUAAAUCAAAUUUUUUAUUUUAUAUUAAUUAUGAUUAACUAAAUUAACAUUUAUAUUAAAAAAUUAUUAUGAAAAUAAUAAAAAUUUAGAAUAUUAACAGAAUUUUAUUUUUAAAUAUAAUUAAAUUUUUUAAAAAAAUUAUUGCGCAUGGUGCAAGAAAACACCUAGUUUUCCUUAUAAAUAUUCAUAUUUGGCAAGAUUUUUAAAAAGAAAACAACCAUAAAACCUUGAACUUUCAAAUUAAAGCAAAAAAACUUUAAACUCAUGUUUGAACCAAAAAAAUACUCUAACUUUCAAAUAUUGGUUAUUUUAACUCUUAUUUUUUGUUGACUAGGCCAUUUUAGAAAUUUGGAAAGUCAACUGUUAAAUCCGUAAACAUCUGUUAACUCGCUAAACGACAUCGUUUAAAGAACUGAUUAAACAUUAAUAAAAUAAUGUCGUUUUACAUCUGUAAACAUUUAAAUCAUCUCCUCUUUCGCGAAACCUAAAUUUUCUAAUUCCAUAAUCUCUCAAUCUUCUAAUCUCCGAAAUCCAAAGCUGUUGAUAAUGCAAAGGAUGGCUAGGACGAUGAGAUUACUUCGGAUUUGUUCGUUGUAGUGAGAGAUCUUAAGUGGAAAGUGUUAGGGAAUCAAGUCGGUGAAGAAGGUGAUUAUGAAGAUGAUAGAGAAACUAAUGUGAAUUAUAAUGAGGCUGAGAAUAAUGGUAUUGGUGUCGAAAAAGAAUUUUUAAGUAGUAUUUAAAACGACGUCGUUUAGCAAGUUAACAGACAUUUACGGUCAACAAAAAAUGAGAGUUAAAAUGGCCAAUAUGUGAAAAUUGGAGUGUUUUUUUGGUUCAAACAUAAGUUUAAGGUUUUUUGGCUUUAAUUUGAAAGUUCGAGGUUUUAUUGGAAGUUUUCUCGAUUUUUAAAUAUGGUAUUAACUAAUAAUUCCUACAUCAACCAAUAAAGUAAAUUUUCUUUACAGUCCACGGCCCACGCCGGAUUUACGGAUUGGACCUUUCCAGUUAGUCAAUAAUUUAUUUUUUCAAGAUAUUUAAAAUACAGUAAUGAUUCAUUUUUGUUUGUUUCUGAAAUUUUUGGUAUAAAUAUAUACACUUUAUCAAAAAACGUUUGUAGGUGUGCUUUACAAAUAUAAAAAUAAAAAAUAGAAAUCAAAUAAUUUUUUUGUUGAUACAUAAUUUAUUGAAAUUUUAUUUAUAUUUAUCGGUUCAUUAAGUAAAUUAGAAAAAAAAAUUUAAGAUAUUGUAACUAAAUUUAAAAAAAAAUCCAAAAUUCAUUUAAAUUUAUACAUAUUUAAAUAAAUAGUUAUUAUCAUAUAAAUAAAAUUUUAUUCUUAGUAAAUAUAAUUUUUAUUGAGGAAAUUGCCAAAAAUGACUCAAAACUUGAUUUUGAAUACAAAAGUGUACCUCAAAUUCAAUUAAAUGCAAAAGUAACCCAAAAGGCUAGUGAAAUUACAACAACAUUCUUAUAACUAAAUAAAAACAUGUAUUGAGUUUUACUAUUAUAACCCUCCGCGUGAGAAGACUUACAAAGAAGUUUUCUCUUAAAAAUAAUUUAAAUUUCUUAUAAAAAAUAUUUUUGAUGAAAGAAAAAUUGUAAUCAUGUAAUAAUAAACAUUUCUAAAUGAUGUAAAUUUAUUUUUACUAAAAUUGAAUUAUUUUCAACAUAGAUGAGUGAAAGUAGAUUAACUCAUGAUAGUCUUUGGUUUAGGGUUUGGUAACAUAUGUUAUAAUAUUGUUGGUUUAUUUAGGGUUAAAUUUUGAAAUCUUAUCUUUUGUUUUUUAAAUUUUUUUUGAUUUAUAUGUGUUUAGUUACUAUCUAAUAACUUGAUUUAAACACUUUCUAAAUAUCUUAAAGAGACAAAAAUUCCAAUAAGAUUAAAUAUUUUUGAUUUAGAAGACUUUCUAUAAGACUACCACGAAGUCUUCUAAUGCAUUAUUUGUUGGAAGACUUAAGUCACCUAAAACGUAAACUCAAAAUAACUAACUAAUUAGAUACAAACACUUCAUAAAACUUAAAAUCAAAUUUAAAAGUGUUUAAUAUACACAGAACUAAACACAUAUAAGUCAAAAUUUUAUUUUUCAAAAAAAAAAAGUUAAGCUUCCAAAAUCUAACACUAAGAAUACAUACAAUACUACAACAUAUGUUACCAAAACCUUUACCAAAUAGUACCAUGACAUGCUACAUUCACUCAUCUAUGUUGAAAACAAUUCAAUUUUAUUAUAUCUUAAUUUAUAUCGUUUACAAAUGUUUAUAAUAUCAUGAUUUCAAUUUUCCCCAUCAAAAUAUUUUUUUUAUAAAAUUUAUAAAUUAUUUUUAAGAUCUACUAUAUGAGAAGAGAAGACUUACAGAACCUCAGAAGACUUUACGAGGUUUUAUUCGUAAAAAUGAAUUAUGUUUUUUUGUUUGGUCAUAAGGGGAUGGUUGUAAUUUCAGUAGUCUUUUGGGUUACUUUUAAAUUUUAUUCAAGUUUGAGUAUAUUUUUGGUAAAAUCAAAUUUUGAGCCAUAUUUGACAAAUUCCCCAAUUUAUAUUGUGUAAUAAAGUCUUUACUAACCUUAAUAAAUAAUUAGAUUUGUUAAUAUAUAAUUAACUAUGAAUAAAUAAUAAUAAUUUUAUUGAUUUAUAAUUAUCAUUAUAUGAAAUAUUUGAUAUUGUGUUAUCCAAAAAAUAUUUUACAUCAUAAAUUUAUUUAAAAAUUAAAAAGAAUGAUUAAUCCCUAUAUAUAUUGUAUAUAAUUUUAGGUAUACAUAAGAGUUUUUAAUUUUAUUUUAUAUUAUGAAAGACAAUUUCAUUAUACUUAAAACUUUUGUGAUAUGUAAAAAAUUUGAUAUUUAAUCUAUUAAAUGCAUGAGUUUUUUUUAGUUUUAUUUUUACGUAAUAAAAAUAUUUAGAUUCUGAUGAAAAAAACUUUGUAUAUAUAUAGAAUUUGUUUUUAAAAUUUGUUAUUAAAUAUUUUGAAUAUAUGUGAAAUAUUAUAAAUAUUUGUAAAAUUAUUAUGCAUGCAUGUGCGGAUAAAAUACAUUGUUACUUAUUAUGUCUGAUCAAAUAUCCGAGUUUGAAAAAAAGAAAAAAAAAAUAUUGGAGUUUGAUUGACCAAUCGAAUUAAGAUGAAUUUGAUAGGUCAGUUUUCUUCAAAUAUCUGUAUUAUGUCCAUUAUUUCCAUUGUCCUUCAUGAUUUAGGAGUAAAAAGGCGAGAAGGAUUAGGAAAUUUGAUAGGUUGAUUAAGUCCUCGUCACUAUAUAUAUGGUGGAGAUGUUAGGCCAAAAACCCAUUCAUCUUCAUCAUCUUGCCCUUGUGAAGCAAUACUUUGUUUUCGAAAUCUAGUUUGAAACUUCUAAUUUUAGAUCUCCCUGAGUCCCGAGAUAUGUCUGCGGAGAAGACUAAUGAAGAGAUCGUUACUCGUGCCUUUGUGAAGCAAUACUAUCAUACUCUUAAUGAAUCACCUCAGUUUCUUCAUAUGUUUUAUAAAGAUUCUUGUUUAUUUAACCGACUUGGUCCUUUAACCCAUGUCAAGAAAACUGUUUGGACUAGGAAAGACGUGAAAGAUGAGUUUCUGGCUGUGAAAUUCGAAGAUUUCACGGCUGAGGUUGAUUAUUCACUUGGUGUACCAUAUCCAAUGGAACAUGGUCGUAUUGUUGUGUUCGUCGAUGGACACUUGACGAGGAAGAAAGAUAACGUCAGGAACAGGUUUACUCAAACGUUUCUUCUGGCUCAACAAGACAACGGCUUCUGUGUCGUUAACGAUAUUUUCAGGUUUAAAAAAGGGCAGACACAGAACCAGACGUGUUUUUUAACUGAGACUGAUCAGUCAAUGUCCGAGCCUGAACGGGUUGCUUCGUAG